AUGUGUGUUACCUUUCUAACUAUUGGAUAUGGUAACUCCUUAAUAAAUUUUUUAAUUACCCCCUCAAUAUCCAUCAUAGGAGAUGUUUAUCCAAUAACUGUUUGUGGAAGACUAAUGGCUAUUUUGACUGGGGUUAUCGGUGUUUGUGUGGCCAGUAUGAUUGUUGCCGUUAUUUCACAAAAGAUCUCGUUAAGUCACGCGGAGGAGCGUGUACACAAUUUUAUGGCUAGGACUAAACAUGCUAGAAGUUUAAAAAUAACCGCAGCACAAGUACUAAAAGAGUGUUGGUUUUUGUACAAAAUUAAAAGUAUGGCUGAUCAAGUAAUUGCAUAA